CUCUGAUUGAAAAAUAAAUCCAAAUUAAACUUUAAAAGUUAAUAACAGCCUGUUUUUUGUUUGUUUGUUUGUUUGUCCUUUUUUUGAAUGCCAUGAACGCACCACAGAGUCCCACCCACACUCCCCUUAGCCAAUAGGAUUACGCGCUGUUUCCGCAUGGUAGUAGUCUGCUUCUUUACUUCAUUCGAGGUAAGUCGUUAUUUAACUUGUCCAAAUGCUACAAUGUGGAAAGAUAGCCGUCAUGUUGAGAAUUCGGACCAUAAAAUAAAAUUUAUUUAGCUUUCUCCCGAGGUAUGGUGUCACCAGGAGGGGCUGUACUCCGUUUAUUCUCUAUAACUGUAUAUAUAAACUAAUGUAAACAAAGUAAUUACACCUCAGUGGCUUUACUAGCAAGCUAACCUCAACGGAUGUUAAAUUAUGUGUGUUACAAAAGCUUGAGUUUAAGAGACUAAAAUAAAAUAGAAACUUUAUUGGAGUCCUCAAGCACAAAUUAAUCCUUUGACAAAAUCAGUGCUGGAUAAAGAGUUCAGAUGUGUUUACAAUCAGUUAUAAAGGGCAAAAGAUACUUUUAAGUUGGCUGUUUUGUCAUCUUUUAACAGAAACAAAGAGGGUUGUCUUGAUAAAGGAACAUGAGGAUACAACACAAGAAUGAAUGAAACAUAAUUCAUGUACAGGAGAUCUUAGGUGAAGUAAGUUGAGAUAAAAUGUCUUUGCAGAAUUUGUUCCAAAGUUCAAGUUCAGGUUUUAUCUUCCUUGAGGGGUCAACAGUGUGUCAACAUUUACCUUUGUGACUGAAGGAAGAGAUCAGGAGUCAGCCUGAGGUUGAUCAUCGGAGAGUGUGUUUGACUGUGUAUCUCUGACAGAAAUUCAAGAGUCAAGUUGUUUAAAAGCGAUUUACUUCACAGUGGUAAGUGUUGUGCAUGCUGAAUAUUUAGACAGAGAUUUGUGGAGAAGUUUAAGUAUGAUAUUUGUUUUGUUGACUGUCCAUAUCUAGUGUUUGGUUGUUGUAGAUUCAGUAAUGUAAAGGCAAAUUAGAAAAUUCCAUAGAGAAUUUAGAUGGAGAAAGAAAAUGUUGGUUCAUAAUUUAAAAAAAAAAACUUUUACAGGUGCCUGUGAAACCUUCACUAUGAUUCCAAAAGGCUUUUGUCAAUGCCCUGAAAAGUUAUACUAGAUUACCAGACAGUUUUUUAGAUCCAAUAAACUCUGGGAAGGUGUUCGGACAGUUUUGCAUGAAAAGAAAACAAAAAAAUAUUCCUAAAUCCUUCAAAUGAAUUUGCAAAAUCCCCAAAACCUUUUUUGCAUGACCCAAAAUUCAUUUUUAAAACACUUGCACCAAAGUGUGACUGUGUGAGCGAAUGAAUGAUGUAUCCAAUGUAAAGCGCUUUGAGGGUCUCUGAUAAAGCGCUAUAUGAAAUCUGAUGCAUUAUUAUUAUUAUUAUCUUACAAAGCUGGAAUUAAUCUGAUUUCAUAACUUGACAAAACAGACAUCGAUGAUAGGGUCAGUUUGUCAGUUUGUCAUGUGCGAUUUGGUUUUUAUUGUAGGGUUGAUUAUUGGACAAAAAAUGACAGAUUCAGAGAUCUGUUAAAAAAAAAUCAGAAAGAAGCUGUAGAAGAAGUAGAAGAAGUAGAUGUUGCUGGCUGAGGGAAUAUUGUCCCACUGAAAAAGUCAAAGUAUCUCUGUGUAACACUCCUCUCUUCUUUGUUUCAGGUACGAUGCUAUACUGCAGCACUCGGGGCGGGGUCUCUGGGUGGAACUUCCGAGAUGUUCUGUUUUCGGGUUUCGCUCCAGACGGGGGGAUGUUCAUGCCGGAGAGUGUACCUGUGCUCAGCUUGGAGACCCUGAGGAGCUGGAGGGGCCUGAACUACUCCCAGCUGGUGGUGGAGGUCGCCACUCUGUUCAUCCCCCAUCAGCUGAUCCCCAGAGAGGAGCUGCAGGGUGAGCUGAGGAGAUACUCACAACUUCUUUUUGAGCACAUGUCAAGUUUCAAAUUUUUGCAGCAGAAAUAAGAAGUAGUGAAAUAAAAAAACAGGUCAUUAAAACCAUCCACCACCUUCCUCUGUCUCAGUCCUGGUGGGUGAAGCUCUGUCUGGUUUCUCGGUGCCUGAGGUGGUGCGGAUUGCCAGACUUAAGGGAGGUCUGUCAGUCUUGGAGCUCUUUCAUGGAGAGACGUUGGCCUUUAAGGAUCUGGCUAUGACCUGCACUGUGCGCUUCCUGAACCACUUCCUCCAAAAGGAGAACUGCAGAGCCACUGUGGUCGUAGGUAUGAAUUUACACAAAACACCCUAAUUAUCACAAAUUUUGAACAUGAUGAGUCUGAAUGUUUUCCUCUCCAGGUACAUCAGGAGAUACAGGCGGCUCAGCCAUCCAGAGUGCUAAAGGUCUGAGCGGGGUAGACGUGGUGGUGGUUUAUCCUCGAGGAAGAAUCACUCCAGUCCAGGAGAAACACAUGACCACCUGUCUGGAGGAUAACGUCCACGUGUUUGCAGGUAGAGCUACAGAUGCUGAAGCUGCUAAAACUACGAGCUACGCUUCUUCUCUCAUAACAACAACAACACAAUUAAGUGUGUAUUUGCAUCUGCAGCGGACGGCAGCUCAGACGACAUCGACCAGCCUAUACGUCGUCUUUUUGCGGACCAGGAUCUGGUGAAGUCUCACGGCCUCAUGAGUCUGAACUCGGUGAACUGGUCCAGAGUCAUGGUCCAGCUUACCCACUUUAUCUACGCCUACCUGCAGCUCAGUGGCAUGCAGCAGGCAGAGACUGAAGGAGAUCUACCUGAGCUGGAGGUGGUGGUGCCCACUGGAGGGGCAGGGAAUAUCGCAGGUGGGAUUCAUACAGAGUUUCAGUAUGACAUCUUUUUAAGAAUCAAAGGUUUUUUUCCAUUAUUGCUGGGGUACCUGUUACAAAUAACUUAGCACUCUGUCCUUCUUUCUGUCUGUCUAUCUGUCUGUCUCUCUGCCUUUCAGCCGGUUUCAUUGUAAAGCAGAUGGGGCUGCCUCUAAAGCUUGUUGCCAUGGUGAACUCUAACGACAUCGUCCACAGGACAGUGAGCAGUGGUGAUUUCUCGAUGGCAGCUAACGUCACACAGACUCUGGCUCCUGCCAUAGACAUCCAGGUAAAAACAGACAGGAGGGAGGUUUCAAAGAUGUCACGCUGAAAAUAACUUUUAUUUGUUGCUAAGAUGUGACACAAUUUAAAUCAGUUAAACAGUAGGUGGUGCUAUCUGCCCCUGACUUCAUUUAUGUCAGCAUGUCUCUUUUUUUCUGUAGCUGAACAGAGUCAUUCAGUAGAGGUGGAAAUACUCCUAAAAUACUCCCUUCAAGUAAAAGUACAGUUGCUGGUACUUUAAAGUCCUUUUCAAGGUUAGCCCAGAUCUUUCAAAAAGCGUACAAAGUUUUUUUUUUUGAUUGAACGGCACAAUGACAAAUAAGAAACACAUACAGAAAUACAAAGUAAACAGUUGUGCAGCAGAGGAAAGAAGCCCAAGGGUUUAUAUAAAACCCUCCCCUCAAAAACAAAGUCCCUUUAUUUUAUCAUCCAAAAAGAAAAGAAAAAAAAAAUAGAAAAAGUAGAGGAAGCAAUGAAAGUCUUAAAUUAGAUUUCAGAAAUGCAAGAUCAUACAAUGUCUAAAAAAAAGUCUUAUCUUUCUGUGUGAAAGGUCUUAAAUUUCAACUGUGGCAUGUCUUUGCUACAUGUCAUGUCAGUUGACUGUCAGGUGGUAUGACAGUCACUCCGCCUGCAGUCACACAGCUGAUUGAAAGUGAACAUCAUUCUUCCUUUUAUUUUAGUGUUUUUAACUCAGUAACGGGUGAUGGGCAAUGUUAAAAUAAACAGAAGAACUUCAGAGGGAGCUAAUACACCCAAUACUGAACCGUAGAUCCUCUUUUUAGAUGUUUUCAUUUAUGCCUGUUGGAAUUUCAGAAUAAAAGCAUGUUGUUCAUAAAAUUCUUAAAUAAAAUAACCUUGGUAUAUUUUUUAAAAAAGAGCUAAAUAAAAGCAGCCCAAACAACAGUUUCAUGAGACCAUCUCUCCUUUAAACACAAACUGGUUUACCUAUACCCUUAAAAAACUGCAAAAGAAUUACUCAGUAAAUUACACUUAAUCAUCCAGCAUCCUGAAACGAAUUUUAUGGUGAGUCAGGAGCAGCAGUACCUCCCUAGUUUUAAUAUGAACAUAUGAAGUGAUCAUAUUAAGGUGUAUUUAACAUGUUUGGUAUAUCGUUCCUGUCCUGGAGGAUCCAUACAACAUGGAGCGAGUUUUCUGGCUGCUGCUGGGAAAGAACGGAGCUGCAGUGAAGAAGAUGAUGGAGGAGUUUCAACAAACACACCGACACUCUUUACCUACAAACCAACACAAACUGGUACCUCUCAUCCUCUGUUUACGGUUUUCUCUCAGUCUGUGAUGCUGUGAUGCUUUAUAAACUCUCUCUGGGUUUUUAGUUGUCUCAGGUUUUGUCCACGGGCUCAGUGUGUGAUGACGGGAUCCUGGACACCAUGAAGAGGUGUUGGGAGGAGAACCAGUAUGUGCUGUGUCCACAUACAGCUGUGGCUGUCUGGCAUCACUACAACUUUGCUCACGAUCCAAAGAUCAGCAGGUCAGUCAGACUGAGAGGCAUGUAUCAUUAAGAUUUCUCACAGUGUCUAAAAGUAAAAAACACUUGAAUAACUAAAUUAUAUAUUUAGUGUCCUCUUUUACCUUAUCCUUUAAUAUUUGUACUUUAUUUUUAGGCAGAGAUUAAGAUUUUGCCCUAUGUGUCAAAAAUCAGCUCACUGUGUGAAAGGUCUCAUCAGGUGUUUUGUGUAAUCAUUGAACCUCUUCUCACAGGUGUUACAUUGCGACAGCUUCACCAGCCAAGUUCAAGGCAGUGGUGGAGAAAGCGGGCCUGACCUUUAACCCUCCUGAGGCCGUGCUGGCUUUGGACAAGUUACCUACUCGUUUUCAGAAUCUGGAGUGGAGCCAGAACUGGUGCAAAGACUGGGAGGACAGACUGAGAGAGCAGAUCCAGUCUGUGAGUUUAGUCAGGAAAAACAACGGGGCGUACUACAGCUGAUUUGAAGAUGUAAAGUUUAUGAUGUCAAAAUGGUGAGGUCAGGUGACUGUUAGCCCGGCCUUAAACUCUGCACUCCUUAUCUGGACAAACGUCUUUUGUUGCUUCUUUGUUGGACUUUGGCCUACAGUGUCGUAAGACUCAACUCCUAAAUCCUGCAGUGAUGAGCCAAUGAAGUAUGCACAAUGUUUAAUAUUUCUUUGAGGUGUAAAUAAAUGUAAAAAAAUGAACCCAGAGUUGUCUGUGAAUGGUCUCAAUCAAAAAAAAAACCUCAAAGAUUAAAGGUAAUGAAAAUUAUUCCACAAACAUGGCGAUGAUAAAACACAUGAAAAUAAAUGUUUGUUUUUAUCCUGUUUGCACCCAUGUGAUAGAGUGAUGUGAAUGAAAGCAGACACACCGAUGUAAAAGUCUGUAACUGUUUGACUAUUGGACUUUGACUCUGCUGAAACUGUAAAUUAUUGACUGAAAUUACAUGCAGACUUUAUGGGGACAUAAAAAAUCAGAGCAGCAGGUUACCAAACUUUACUCCAAUUACCUUCUUCUCCGAAUAUGAUCACGCUACAUAAUGUGAUAAGCUUAUUUGAUUCAUCAGAGCCCUCCUGUUUGCAAUUAAAAUUAUCAAGUAGCAGGAAACCACCUAUAGAUGGCGUCACAUGACUUGGAAACCCCAGACACCCUUGUUUAAGAUUGCAGGGUGGGCUGAAUGAAGGACAUUUAAUGCGUAUCCAAGACUGUGAAUAAAAAUUGUUUUACAAAAA